UCUUACGGAGCAUGCCGUGCAAGUUUUCUAUUCUAGAGAUCCAAAAAAUCCUAAUUGGCAUGUGGUCUUGGAGGUUCCAAGAAAGAUUUUCGUUGAAGAUGAGACAAGCAUUUUAUCAGAAACACGGGUUGUAACUGAGGCUGAAGUAGGACCUGAUCUCACCGAAGUAGACAUGGGUGGCGAGUUGUUAUUCAAUGACAUUGAAGAUAUUUGUGUGGUUGUUGAAAAGAAAAAGAAAAGAAAGAGAGCAGGGAAAAAAACCUGAUUUGUUGGUUAUAUUAUGCAUGUAACGAAACGAUUUUGAUUUAUGCCCUUUUUGAUUUUUCCAUUAUCAUAUUAAUGUGAUAGAAGAAAUUUAUGAAUUAAUUUACUUGUCUCUUUAUUAUACUUGGUACUUUGCUAUUUGGAUAGAAAAUUUUAUAGUAAUUACGUUACAAAUUAGAUCUUGAAGAUGGAUCUAGAGGCAGAGCCGCUCGGGGAUGCAUCCUAUAAAGAUGCCAGGGAGUCGCUAGGGGAUGCAGCCCCUGAAGAUGCUAGAGAGGCAGAGUCAUUCGGCGCAGAGCCGCUAGGGGAUGCAGCCCCUGCAGAUGCAGACCCUGAAGAUGUUAGAGAGGUAGAGUCAUUCGGCGCAGAGCCGCUAGGGGAUGCAGCCCCUGCAGAUGCAGACCCUGAAGAUGCUAGAGGCAGGUUGUCAUCUUCAUCGUCUAAGAAGAGAGGUCCUACGCGAGGUUCAGAAUUACAUGAGAGGACUUCAGUGAAAAGGGUCAUUGGGAUUAAUGAAUUUGGGCAACCGAAUAUAGGGGAUGCAAAUCAGAUCGCAUUCAAUUCAAGCAUUGGUGUUCUCACCUGUGCACACAUUCCGAUCACUUACACAGACUUUCGGUUGGUGCCUCCACAAUACAUUCAGAGGGUCAGUGAUAUCCUGGCAUGUAGUUAUGAAUUUCAGGAUAACCAAGAAGCGUGGUCACCAUACGUUCGUGAUCACUGUAAGGCUGCUUGGAGAAAUUUCAAGAACACUUUGCAUGCAAAGUAUAUUAAGGACAAGGAUCCUGCAGUUGUGAAAUCGUAUCCUACCCCUAUUGGUGUCCCUAUUGAGGAUUGGAUGAUCUUCGUGGAUUAUUGCAAUACUGAUAAAUUCAAGGAAUCAAGUGUAAGAAAUGCAUCCAAUCGGGCCAAACAAGUUGGCCCUUCUACACUUGGUCGGCGUAGCAUGGCUGCCACACGUCAUGAGAUGGUACAUGUCCUAAAAUAACAAAGUUCUACUUUAUUUAUGAUGAUUAUUUCAAUUUAUUAGUCGUUUAAUUCCAUUAUUUAUGUGUUUUGGCAUGGAUGUUAUGGGGAAAAGGCAAUUGCGAGGAAUCUUACUACUGAUGCCAAGGUUGGUAGGGCUGAGGUGUACAUCCGAGCCCAUACAACAAAGGAUAACAAAGUGCAGUUUCCAGAAACCUUUGAAAAAAUAAAAUCGAUUCAAAGUAGUAAUCCCGCAUCUCGGAUGACCAGUGUAGAUGAUGCCCUUACACAGUCAAUUGGGAGUGAUAGUAGAGGGCGCAUGCGGGGGAUAGGUGGAAAUGUAGGCAAGAUUACAUUGAAGAAGACAAUGCCUAUUGUACAUAAGCUCGGUGUGGUGUCGCGGGAAUGAGAUAAUUUGGUAGAUAAAUUAGAUGAAAUGCAGAAAAGCCUAGGAGAUCUCCACCAGAAGUUUCAAUGCUUUGUAGAUAAGCAAGGGGAACAAGGGGAUGUGGCUCCACCGACAAUUCCUCCAUUUAAAUCUAGUCAUGCAUCGUCGAUAUCCUGAUUUGGUAAAUCUUGGCAAGAGAUGCGAUCUCUGUGAUUGGAAGAAACGGGUAAUUGCUCAUGGUGAGGUGCAUGCAGUGGAUCCAAAAACCCAUGUCCAUAGAGCAGAAAUGGGCGAUGGAAAUUUUAGUGUCGUCCUGAUGGAGAUUAUAGCUCCGCAAUCAGAGCUAUGGAAGGAAGAUGGUUAUCAUGAUACGCUUGGAGAGGUCGGUGUAGGAGGAUUUGUCGUAUGGCCCAAGCUAUUUCUAACCAUCUAUCCGUGAUGUUUAUGAAUAUUAUACAUUACAAUAACUAACACAAUUAACUUUUGUUUUUAAACUAUACAGUAACAUAGACAGAUGCAUGCAUAUUAUGGAAUCGAAUGAAUUUAACACUCA